AUGUCAUCCUAUGAUGCCGCAAAAACUUAUGGUAUUUCUCGAAGAACGUCUGAAAAAUCUAGAACUAAGAAAAUGAAAAUUGAUAAAUUUAAUGGACCGCAAAGUAAACUCGCCGUCAAAGUCUGUGGAAAUUUAAGUGACAUCGAAAAUCCAGAUGACAGAAAUAAAGAACACUACGAAGCUACUUCUAGCGAAUAUAAUAAAAACGCAAAGCAAGAGAGAAAAGUACAUAGCAAGAAAGAAAAGAAGGCACCUAUUAAAAUAUCAAGAAACAUAGUAGUCAAGUUAUUAGUAAAUCACCAGAUCUACCAAUUAACUCGGAUGUAG